UCCUUUCCUAAAGACCUUUGUGGUUAUGGUUUUUUUAGUCACAGACGCCAAUUUCCUUUGCCCAGAGUACCAAAGCUUUAGCGUUUGCAUUUUAAAUGUCAAGUUGUCUUUGCGUUGCCAGUGCUGUAUAAGAGCAGCACUAGGAUGGAUUUUGCUCUGUGAAAGUUUGCCUGUGUCUGAACUCCUCUGCUAGAAUUGCCUAACGCUGAGCAAACAGCAUGGUCAGCCUCCACAGUGAAACAGGAAUAAGGAUCCACAACACUGCAACUUGUAACCACCUUGAAGAUCUCCACUCUGGAAGUAGUUUCAAGGCCUUCUGCAAAGGCAAUGAAUGACUGGGCCCCCAUAGCAAAGGAGUAUGACCCCCUCAAAGCUGGGAGCAUUGAUGGCACUGAUGAAGAGCCCCAUGACCGUGCCAUAUGGAGGGCUAUGUUGGCACGCUAUGUACCCAACAAGGGAGUUACAGGAGAUCCUCACCUCACCCUGUUUGUAGCAAGGCUCAACCUUCAGACAACAGAAGAGAAGUUAAAGGAGGUCUUUUCCCGGUAUGGAGACAUCAGAAAGAUCCGUCUGGUUCGAGAUCUGGUCACAGGAUUUUCCAAGGGUUAUGCAUUUAUUGAGUACAAAGAGGAGCGUGCUCUCUUGAAGGCCCACAGGGAUGCCAACAGGCUGGUUAUUGAUCAACAUGAGAUCUUUGUAGACUUUGAACUGGAAAGAACUCUCAGAGGAUGGAUUCCUCGGAGACUUGGAGGUGGUUUUGGAGGCAAAAAAGAAUCUGGGCAGCUGCGGUUCGGAGGACGGGACAGACCUUUCCGAAAGCCCAUCAAUUUGCCUAAUGUGAAGAACGAUUUCUACGGAGAAGGAUCAUCAGAGAAAAGGAACUGGUCUCGUGAGGGAACAAGGGACUGGAGAACAAGGGACCGACACCAUGAAAGGAGCAGAGACAACCGACGGCCAGAAAGGGAGCAGUCAUGGAGUUGGAGUGAAAGUGAGAAAGAAAGGGACUCCAAAGAGGAGAGGAGCAGAGGGAGGGAGAGGAAGGACAGAGACAGGAAGGACAAGGAUAGAGACUGGAGCAGGGAAAGAGAUACUAAGAAACAAAGAUGAUGAUAGGCAUCGAUAGGUGACAUUGCCUUGGUUCUGGGUACAUUGUCAGUGUUUCAUUUGUUGAUGUUGCCUUCAGCUGUGAGCAGCAUUCCCAGACAGGUGGUGUUACACUCUUGUGCCUGUGACGCACCUGCUAGAAGCUCUCUGUAAUUUGGUUGCUACUGCAGAUUGGAUGUCUUGAAUUGU